CUUGGAGGGACUUGACAAUAAUUCAUUUUAUUUCAGUGAAUCCUAUUCCCUGCAACCAAGUGUGGAAUAUUUAAUAUUGGAUAUUGAAGAAACGGUGAAAUUGGAAUUCUUUAAAAAUUACAAACAACUUCGAGUAAUUGAAGUUGGGAAUCAUGUACCAUUUUAUAACCUGACAGCUGUAAUAUGCAGCCCAGACAAUGUAUCGUCUUGUGAAUUGUAUUUAGGCGUUAAUGGUAUUUCUUGUCCCGCCGAUUGUAAGUGUUUAGUUUAUGAAUUAAAGGAGCUGAGAAUCGAUUGCUCUGGGAAAGCCCUUAUCCAAAUUCCGGAGUUGCCCAUUCCCAUUUCUUUUAUCAAAAAAACAUCUUUAAACUUUCAAAAUAACAACUUACAAUAUCUGCCAAACAAUACAUUAAUUGGCUAUAAUAAUUUAUAUGCACUGGACGUAUCCAAAAACUUGAUUACUGGCUUAGAAAUCAAUCGCCUUCCUAAAAACUUAGACUAUCUCGAUGUAAGCUUCAACAAAAUAGAUACUUUGAGUAAUGAAGUUAUUGAAUAUUUAAAAAAUGUUCUAGUCUUUAAACAAUUCGGAAACCUUUGGGUCGUUGAAUGUGACAAUGCGCCAUUAAGAGAUUUUUUGAGAGACCUUUCUGGACAUGUACAUUUCGAAGGCAUCACAUCUUCUCGAGCAGUAAAAAAUGGAAAAGCUAAAAUGCUUCCCUAUGUCACGAACCCUGUGAAUCAAACUCAUAUAAUGGUGAUUAAAAAUAUAAAUCAACCGAACGAACAACGCGUGUUGUUCAGUGACGAGCAACUUUUAAUGCAAAUAAGUUCAAAGGACGAAUAUACUAGACAGAUGGCAAACAAAUUGCUGGAUAUCCUUGAUCGGGAAAUAAAUCACGAUAAAUACGAAAAGAUUAUUUUAAAGCAUUUGGGGGAACCUUGCAUUAAUAAAUGCGAAUGUUGUUAUGACCAAGUAAAAGAUAUUUUCAAAAUGGACUGUAAUGGGAAUGAUUUUUAUUAUGGUAUUCCCUUUCCAGUAAUUCCCACGAAUAAAACUUUUCUUCAGAAUAUGAAAACUCCAUUAAGUCUACAUAUGUCGCAAGCAAAUGUGGAGAAAAUCUACAUUGGUGGACUUCCGAAAUCCUUGGCAGAUGUCGAUCUUAGUAUGAAUAGGUUGCAGUCUCUCGACGACGAUGCAGUUGAUUUCCUUCGUCAAAAUAAGGUAUCUGUAAAUUUAAAGAACAACCCGUGGAAGUGCGAUUGCAAGACGAGGAAAUUUCUCUCCUUUCUUAGAGACCAAGACCCAGAGGAAUAUAAUGUGGUCAUUGAUCGUUGCGAUAUUGCUCCGGAAGAUUGUCCUGCAUCUUGUGUGUGUUGCUUAAACACAUCUAUCUGGACUUCCUUUAUAGUUGAUUGCAGAGAACAAGGACUCUUAAAUGUACCAGAAAUUUCCGAGAAGGUUACGUACUUAGAUCUGCGAAAUAAUAGUAUCACAGGAAUGAGCAUCAUGGAUCGAGAAAUGUUGGAGAGAAAUAGUCAGGCCGCUGAAUUAAGGUUGUUCCUUUCCGGAAAUCCAUGGACAUGCGAAUGCAUCGACUUGGACUUUGUGUUCUUUAUGAAGAAUAUUUCAAAUAAAAUUGAGGAUUUUACUAAUGUUCAAUGUCUUGGAAUCGAGAAGGCUUUGGUGUCAGUCGAGGAGUCCGACAUAUGUCCCUCUGCCCUGCCCUAUUACUUAACCCUCGCCCUCACCUUGAUAAUUUUGAUCAUUUUUAUAAAUUUCCUGGUUUGGUUCCGUCACCCGAUCCUUAUUUGGUUCUACGAACACGACAUUUGCCUGAGUCUGGCUGGCCGGGAGGAAAUGGACCAGAAAAAGAAGUUCGACGCCUUUCUGUGCUUCACGCACAUGGACGAGGAUCUGGUAGGGGAAUUUGUGGAGAAACUCGAGACUUGUAGACCCCGAUUCACACUCUGUUUCUACUUGCGGGACUGGCUGCUGGGUGUGUCCAUCCCCGACUGUAUUACGCGCUCGGUGAAGGAUUCGCGACGCAUCAUUAUCCUGAUGACUAACAACUUCCUAAAGUCCACCUGGGGUCGCCUGGAGUUCCGUCUUGCCUUGCACGCCACCUCGGAAGAUCGGUGCAAGCGCCUGAUCGUCGUCCUUUAUCCGGAAGUGACAAACUUUGACGAUCUGGACAGUGAACUUCGCACUUACAUGGUAUUCAACACCUAUCUGAAGAGGAACGACCCUAAUUUUUGGAACAAGCUGAUUUACUCUAUGCCGCAUUCCAAGCUGAACCAAAAUUCAGUUCACCUAGAGGAGACUACUAUAUAAAAGUAUUUUUUACACCUUCCUUAACUCUUUAAAAUAUUCUCUAAAAACUCUUUAAUAUACACCAUUCA